AUGGAGUCUUAUACUUCCUCGAGCGGGGGCCCUCUGGGGCCCGGCUUGGGGGCCCUCCACUCGAGCCACAGCAGCGCCAGCAGCCACGGGGGGGCCCCCGGGGGGGGCCCCCCGGAGAGGGGCCCCCCUGGGGGCCCCCUGAGCUACGGGGUACCCUCGUACCCUGCGGGGGGCCCCCCGAGGGGCCCCCCGCUGCACCUCUACAACGGAGAUGCAGCAGAGGCCUCGGGGGACUCUUCUUUGGGCCUCAAGGAGGCCCCUGGGAGACAGUCGGAUUUAUCUAAUUUCCUUUCGAGGGGUACUGGGGGCCCCCCGGGCUUGGGGGGCCCCCCCGGGGGGGGGGGGCCCCCCGGGUUUGGGGGCCCCCCGGGUUUGGGGGGCCCCCUGUUUGGGUCCAGUUCGAAGUUGGCUGCAG